AUGACAUUUAAUAUCCGUUUUGAUGUGCAAGAACAUGAUCCAAACAAUCAUUUUAUAAAACGAGUUUAUCGUUUAACAGAGACUAUUGAAAAAUGGCAACCAUCUAUUCUAAGUGUCCAAGAACCAUUUACUAACUAUAUACAACACUGGCAAUCUCACCUACCAAAAUAUUAUGAUUUUAUUGGUUAUCAAUCCGAUCGCGAGCAUCAAUCAUCUGAUAGAGAUUAUCAAGUGGCUAUUUUAUAUAGCAAUCAAAUAUUAAAAUUACUAGAACAAGAUUAUAUAUGGUUAUCAAAAACACCGCGUGUUGUUGAUAGUAAAGAUUGGGAUAGUUUAAGAGUACGAACAUUGAAUAUAGCAAGAUUAGAAUUAAUAAAUGAUGAUCAACAUGCAAAUAUUGUUGUUUUUAAUACUCAUUUGGAUGUCACAAGUGAAGAAGCACGACGUGAACAAGCAAAUAUUGUUCGAACUACAAUUGAACAAUGGCAUAAUAAAUAUCCCAAGACUGUUGUUCUUUUAUUUGGAGAUUUUAAUUCGAUUCCGAAACAAACUUCAUAUAAAACAUUAACAUCUGAGUUUUUACAUGAUACUUGA